AUGAGAGACGUUCCUGAGAACAAGCUCAAGGAGUAUUUCCAAGCAGAACUCGGCCAAGGAGGUGCUGCUGAUGAUGGCCUCAGCUUCUCACUUAUUCCUGACAAUGUCACUGCUUUCACCAACUACACUGAAAGAAUCACUUCAGGUUCAUCCAAGUUUCCAGCAAACAUUCCUCUCUUGACUGGAACCAACACGAACGAAGGAGCUGCCGUUAUUCCCUUUAAUUUCUCAGGCUACAAAACAGCUACAGAAAUACCGACCAACCUCAAGCCCAUUGCGAAUGGAUUUGGUCUCAAUCUCCAAUGCACUACCCUCAAAGAGAACCGCAUGAGAUCCGAAGCAGGUGCCAGAACUUUCCAGUAUCUUUAUGCAGGUAACUUCACGAACAUUUCCCCUCUUCCUUGGCUAGGCGCGUACCAUACUGCUGAAUUGCCUCUGAUCUUUGGUACCCAUGAAACUGAGGGCCCAUCAACCAAAUUCGAGAGAAAGGUCAGUGAGAGAAUGCAAGACCUUUAUCUCAGGUUCGCCAGCGACCCUGUUCACGGCUUGGAAAAGGAUGGAUGGCCGGCAACACAGGCACAAGUGGGCAGGUCGAAGCUUGUCAAGUGGGCGGGGAAUGGCAAGGUUGAGCAGAUCGUCGGUGCCAAGACGUUGAUCGACGAAUGCACUAGGAACGGAUUUGCUGUAUAG